AUGGGCAGACCAAAGCUCUACAAAACUACCAAAGAGCUCCGGGAAGCAAAGCGAAUGCACAGACAAGCAUACUAUGCACGAAACAAGAACACAAUUAGUACAAAAAUGAAAGCAAGAUAUCGCGCCCAGGCUAGCGCAUCUUCCACCAUCAACUCAGACCAAUCAUUCCCAGAUCAAAAACACGCUAGGGAAAAAAAUCGCCUAUUGACCUACUUAGGUGCUUCACCUCGCAAGACACUUGACGCGAUGUAUACCGACUUUCUGGAGACACACUGCUCGGACAACAUUUGUGAUGUAAUGGGGAUCGUCCAGGAGAUUUUGCGGGAGCUCAAGGAGAUCAAAGAGGAUAUUGCAAGAGCGAGAGUUACAGGCAGAAGUCUUCUGUACCUUUAUGUGUCCAUGGCUCCUCAUAAAUGGACGACAUCCGAGCAGGAGGUGUGGCUUGAACUGUGGUAUCAAAUGUUCUCUGAAAAGCAGAGCAACAAGAGUAGAAACCACAAAAAUUUCUUCGCUGACCUUUUUGAAAAAUGGUUCGAGGCAUUCCCAGAGCCUCGGCCAACUCAUAUCAUCGAACCGGGGCCAUUAACACUGGAAGAACAUAAUGAGGCAAUUGACAAACGGAAAGCCAUAAGUGUUGUUGACAUUAAAUUACAUACCAGAUUCAAAAAUAACUUCAGCGGGUCAAAGGUGGGGCGACAGGCGAAAGCGAAUGCCAGCGAUGUCUUCGAUGCUGUUGUGCGGAAGAUAACUGAAUGCGAAAAACCUACACGUAUGCUUCAGGAGCACGAAGCUUAUUCCAAGUUGUACUAUGCCGAUCGUGUUCAGAAAUCUAUCCAAGAGACGCUCAAGGUUGCGCAAGCAACACAAUCACUCACCAAUGGUCAGCGAGUAGCGCUGGUGAAAAAAGAGACUGCUGCUCUAUAUGCAGGUGAGUCUGAGGAGAUCAAGGCUAAAGUGAAGGAGUACAUACAUGCACAGAAGGAAGAGCACGGUAAGGAGAAAGCUGAGCCUUGGAGUGAUGAAGACCAGCAGCGGAAUCUUACCAAACUGGCCACUGUCGCAAACCAAUUCCUCAAAGGUCUUGCUGAUGCCACCGGUCUAUCCUUCAGCCUUCUUGUUGGGGGUCCAUCUGUUGAGUUAGGUGGACUGAUUGAUGUCUGGAGCUUCCAUGUCGGGACAAUGAAGCUGGGCAACAACCUUAGUCAAGCUUACCCAAAAUUCGAGAGCGAGAUAGCGGGACCGUUUCGAGACUAUCUAUAUUGUGUGUACCCAGAGGCCGCAGUAUUGAAGGCUCAGAAGAUGGGAGGAGCAAGCAGCUCCAGUUCAUCAUGGGGAGACGGCUUUGGCGAUGAGAAUCAAUCAUCAUCAGAUAUGAUGAACAACUUGUCCAAGCGGGAUGUAUCUUUGUCAGGCACAUUUGGAUUCCUGGACUUAUCCGAGUUUCCUUCUUUGGGGUCUCCCACAUUUCCCACUCCAAUGUCACCCUUCAGCUCAGACAAUGUUCUCUCUGGCGACAAUCAACCAAGCUGGCUGUCUGACAGCCUCGACGACUUCCUUGAGACGUUGGCACAGAAUAUGCCAAUCGGAUUUGCGAAUCCCACUGCGCACCUCCCUGGAAGUGCAGAGGAGCCCAACAGCGACAGGCCAGAUCCAUUCUCUGCGUCUUCAAUGGGAGAAGACCCCACAGAAGACUCAUGCCUUCCGUCCACCCCGUCCCACACUUCUGCUUCAGCAAAUGUUGUGAACGAGGCUCAACUGGACGCGCAUCCUCCAUCCACCCCGUCCCACGCUUCUGCUUCAGUAGAGAACGAGGCUCAACUGGAUGUGCGCCCUCCAUCCACCCCGUCCCACACUUCUGCUUCAGCAGAUGUUGUGAACGAGGCUCAACUGGAUGUGGUUCCAACAGACAAUGGGAAUGACAGCAACGGACCACGUAGAACAAGGCGCGCACACAUACCAUCAACACGAAACAUCAUCGCCAACUCAAUCGGCAAUAACUGCAAAGAGAACAUGCUAUCAACUGUGGCUUCAAAAUGCAAUGACCCUGAUUCAUCUGCUCAUGUGGGCCAGCAAGCGAAGUAA